UUCUCAGCACUGUGUGUCGGGGCGGUCCUUCCGGCCAGUGUGGGGACUCACGGCGACGCCGCGGUCAUGAGCCGGCCCAGCCGGUUGCAGAGGCAAGUUCUGAGCCUGUACCGCGAGCUGCUGCGCGCCGGGCGCGGGACGCCGGGCGCCGAGGCCCGGGUGCGGGCCGAGUUCCGGCAGCACGCCAGCCUUCCGCGAACCGACGUGCUGCGUAUCGAGUAUCUGUAUCGCCGGGGUCGGCGCCAGCUACAGCUGCUGCGUUCCGGCCACGCCACGGCCAUGGGUACCUUCGUGCGCCCGCGGGGUCCGGCUGAAGAGCCCGGCGACGCGACAGCCCCGGGGACCAGGCUGGAUGAUGGUGGUGCCCCAAAGAAUUCUUGUGAAGGCACAGGGGCGCGGGAGACGCGAUCCGAUGGACGGUGACAGACAGACCUAGAGAAAGGUUCCUUCUGACAGUUUGGGGAGGAUCGGGAACUCAUCUAAAUGGAAGCCGAGAUGUCUUGAGAGACAAUCGAAUUUUCCCGAUGCAUGGUGAGAGAUCAGACACUCCCUCACCAAGGAGGUUCCGGGCAUUCUGUGGCACUGGCGGACUGCAUAAGACAUGCUGUGAUACCCCAACCCAAUGUCAAAGAGAGAGCACAGGCGCACGUUCUCCACCCGUCAGGGCCGUGACACCUCUUGACAGACAGCUCUCUUGACUUCUAAGAACACACCCACCUCCCCACUCCCCGCCCCUUGCUGUUUUUAACGCGGAGAAGACAGACUUUUUGCCGCGCUCGUUUAAUAGAAUACCCUGAUGAACCGUGAGAAACUUGGCAGUCUGACUCGUUGUGAAGAACCGGGUUCAUGAGGGAGGUUACAGUAGCUCAUCCCAGCUGAUGAGCCUGAGACUCUUGGGGAAUCCCUAGUCUCUACUCCUGUUAGUCCUCCUCAGGAUUCUUGCAUAAAGGGAAUAAAUGUGAGGUGUGCUCUCUUCCUUGUUGAUUGUCUUAA